AUGUUUCAGAUUGGUCGAAGCACUGACGAUCACAUCGAUUUUGUUAUAUCUGAACCAAGACAUUCAGUCAACCAAAAUCGUCAGUCUUUAACUCAUAAUGAUGAUGAUGUUGAUGAUAACAGUAAUACGAAGUGUAAUGAUACUCCUUUAAAGGACAAUAACCUUGGGAAUUAUGAAAGUGCUGUUUCACGUUUCGCCUGUCGUAUUCACAUUGAUCGUGAUCCACCCUACACUGCUCGCCUUUAUGCUGCUGGAUUCGACGCCUCCAACAAUAUUUUCUUGGGUGAACGGGCUAUAAAAUGGAAAUGUGGCAAUUCUAUGGACGGUUUAACUACAAAUGGUGUCAUGAUGUUACGGAUCCCUCCGAGUAAAAUUAUUGAUCAAAUGGGUCAAACUCUAGACCAUGAUUCUGAUAUCCGAUGUCAAUGGCGUGAAGUCAGUGUCUGCGGGUCAGUGUACGAAAUGCGAAGUAAUCGCUGUAUACCAACUAAUCUGGUAAACGAAGACAAUGUUCUUACAGAUAUGACAAUUAUCGAUCUGUGCGGGGUAACCUUGUUAUGGCGAUCGAGAUCUGGAUUGAAGUAUACAGCUUGUUCAGAAGAUUUAAUGAAAAUGAUCAAUGGAUUGAAUCAGGCGCAUAUUCAAUGUCCUGUACUUUAUCGUACCUUGAAAUUACCACUUUUACCUCAUAGUACCAAUUCCUGCAACUCCGAUGUUGUCGGUUUUGUAAGUAACAAUGGAAAUUUAAUGAAGAACAAUGAAUUAUCUACACAAGAUACAGAUCAAAUUAGUCCUGAUCAAAUUCCUCAUGUAUAUGUAAGCUGUGGUCAUGUACACGGUUGGCAUAAUUGGCGUGCAACAGGUGAUGUAAAUAAUAGUCGUCGUACAUGCCCCUUGUGUUUACAAGCUUCAUCAUUUAUCCCAUUGCGUAUGGGAAUUGAAUCAGCAUUCUAUGUUGAUCGAAGUUUAGCUACUCAUUGUUUCAAUCCCUGUGGACAUAUUGCAUCAGAAAAUACUGUACGUUAUUGGUGUGGUUUACGUCUAUUGAAUCGACACAAUUUUGAAUUACACGCAAGAUGUCCAUUUUGUUUAACUCCAGUACGUUCAAAACCAGUUAAGUUAUUAUUCCAAAGUGAUUUAUCUGAAGAGGCUUUUUUAGAACUUCUUAAAGAACAAUUAUAUGUGCGUACAUUGAACAUGGAAAAUUAUGAAACAAUAACGCGUUGUCAAAAGAUAAAUAAACCCAAUGUAAUUGAUUUUACUAUUACUGAUCCGCAUCGGAAUUCACCCUCAUCAUCACAACCUUCUCCGCCUCAUUUUUCUACUUCGGAUAAUAAUGAGGAUGCUCACAUUGAUAAUGAUGAAUCUGCUCAUUGCCAUCUGUCUGUUGCUGCUUCUCCUCCUUACCGUCAUCAACCUUUGUGUUCAUCAUCUGUUGAUGAGAUGAUGCACUCUUCUCAAGUCACGCUAUCAGCUCCUUAUGACUUAUCAAAUGAUAUGUAUCUAUCAAAUGAAUUAUUUCAACCAGUAGCUGUGGUAACCGCAGUAAACUCUACCACUCUAGGAUUUAAUGACAACGUUUCAACAGAUCGUACUCAUCAUUCUACUUGUGCAGCUGAUUAUUCAAAUGGUUAUAGUUUAACGACUGUUUCAAAUUGA